AGCUAGCCGGAGAACCCUCCUCCUCCUCCUCCUCCUCCUCUUCUUGGAUCGCUCAGCCUAACUGCUGUCGUCCACUUUCUCUCUCUCUCUCUUUAUACCUCCCUCUCUCUCUCUGCUGUCUCUUAUCUCUCUUUCACUCUCUUUCUGUCUCUUUCUCUCUGUCUGUCCUUCACUUCUCUUCAGCUGCCAGAAGCUCUCCGGCUCGCCGCUCUCUUCCUUCACCCGCUGAGGAUUCAGAACCGGUCCGGACGAAGACCUGCCACAGGAGCUAAGAUGGCAAUGAGCAGCAUCCUCAACGCUGAUGACAUCAAGAAAGCUCUAGAUGCAUUUGCAGUUGCUGACUCUUUUGACCAUAAGAAGUUUUUUGAGCUUGUGGGUCUGAAGUCCAAGUCCUCUGACGAUGUGAAGAAGGUCUUCACGGUGCUGGACGCCGACAACAGUGGCUUCAUAGAGGAAGAAGAGCUCAAAUUCGUCCUGAAGGGUUUUGCCAAAGAUGGCAGAGACCUGACAGACAAAGAAACCAAAGAAUUUUUACAAGCAGCCGACAAGGAUGGAGACGGCAAGAUUGGAGUCGAUGAAUUUGCUGCCCUUGUGAAAGAAUAAAGUCACCUAUGGCUCUGAAAGCUCACCCUCCGAGCAGCGCCACACCCUGACACCCUCCCUCACACCUCACCUCACCUGCCGCCUCACCCCGCCUCCCCCUCCCACCAGACUAAAACUGAGCUCCUGCUACAGAACGCUCCGCCUGAAGCUCCUCCACCGCUGCAGUACGCUGCGGUGUGAACCCCCAUAGCAGCAUUCAUGCUAUUUAUCCUUUUUAUACAAACUGCUGUUGUUUCUGUUGAUGUAUAGAUAUUAAAAAACAUGCCUGCAGGAAUAAACAUGUUAAAUUAUAAAGUAGAUAUUUAAAGAGAAAGACCCUCAUUUCCUUCUGUGUUUCUGACUCCUCUCCUUUGACAACACGUCCUCACACGUUAUUGCUCCCUGUUUUCUGUUUUUUCCUCCUUUUUUUCUGCCGAUGUCACCUCUGGCUCUGCAUUCGCUCCCCUCUGUCCCCUCCCACACCAUCCAACCAUCAUCCAACCAUCAUCCAUCUCUUUCUCCUCUGGUAAUGAGCUGUUGUAAAACAUACAAAAAGAAGAAAGAAGUCAAGCUGUGAAAGAAUAAAAUUAAAUUGAGAAAAAAAAA